AUGGCGGCCGCCGCCGGAUCAGGCGUCAAAAUUCCCCGCAGCUUCCGGCUGCUUGAGGAACUGGAAGAAGGGCAGAAGGGAGUGGGAGACGGCACAGUGAGCUGGGGCCUAGAGGAUGACGACGACAUGACUCUGACCCACUGGAAUGGCAUGAUCCUAGGGCCCCCCAGGACAAUCUAUGAGAACAGAAUAUACAGCUUGAAGGUUGAAUGUGGACCCAGAUAUCCAGAAACUCCCCCUUUUGUACGCUUUGUGACCAAGAUCAAUCUGAAUGGUGUACACAACUCAAAUGGUGUGGUGGACACAAGAGCAGUGGGAGCGCUGGCUAAGUGGCAGAACUCGUACAGCAUCCGAAUGGUGCUGCAGGAACUGAGAAGGCUCAUGAUGUGCAAAGAGAACAUGAAGCUCCCCCAACCACCUGAGGGUCAGGUGUACAGCAACUGAGGCUCCUGCUGCUCUAAUUCCCCAUUUUCAUACACAAACACGCAUCAUAAUGACAGAUAGACAUGUCCAAACAUCCAUGCACAUACAUGACCGUAAAUGCUUCUAUGCUGACUUUACUACUUUCAAAACCCCUACAUUCACCAACAGCAAUGUGCCCCUCUUGUGUUCUUCAAGGCUCUGGACUGUCCCCGCUCAACACCCCUCAAUCUUAAAACACAGCCACUUCUCUCAGGAGCCUUCCAGUGGACAGAGAGGAUACGCAGGUGAACUCGACCUCCACCCUACAAUUAUCCCAUGACGAGUCCAGUAAUUAAGAUACAAAAAUACUGUAUGUCUUAACUAAGGUUAUUUUUUAUUAACUUUGUGUUCAACACCCAGAUUGUAAAAUAACAUAAAUGACGACACUGAGUGUACCUAUCGUUUGUGUGUGCUGGAUUCUUCAAGGGGUGGUGACAACUCUGUACUUUGUAUUUAUUGUGAGCGAUCAGAGACUUACCACUCCGCAGAGGAAUAUGCCUCUGUAGCCACCAAUUGAAACAGGGAUGUGAAAUGUUCAAGCAAUCCACUUUUAUUUUUUAAGCUUUCACUUUUAAUUUGCCACUACAAGGCAAGAAGAAACCUCACCAUCUUGCAGUAAGGUGAAAUGGAUUGCUGGAAAAUUGUUUCACAUGCAUUGCUUAGCUUUGGUUCUCGAGCUGCGCUGGUCUCAAAUUCAGUAUCCAGUUACUGCAAUCCCGAUGAUGUGAAUUAGCUGGGCCUUUUUUUAAAAUGAGCACACGCGCGGUACAUGAGAAUAAACUGCUACUAGACAUUCAGCAGCACAUGUAUCAACGGGGCACUCUUCGCUCAUCGCUCAUGUUCUGCGACUUGGUUCAUGUUCAACAUGUUCUCCUCUUUGUGCCAUAUGGUUGAUAGUGCUUUGUCAUGAUGAUUGAUUGUUAAAAGCCAGUCUAGGAGGUCAGAGACUAUAGGUCCUUGUCCUUUUCUUCAAAGAACAUAGCAUGGACUUUCAAAAGCUAAUUUUGUGUGCUUUGCACCUUUUUCAGGAUCACCACUGUAUUGUGGCCUGUUUGGAGAGGGAGGCGUUAUUUUUUUUUUUCUUAUUUUGGUUGGUUUUAACUGAGGGCUGAUCUGUGUGUACUCGUCGGGGCAAUUUCUUGUACGAUGAAUGCCCACUGAAUGCAAUGUAUGGCUUUAGAUGUUUAUUUUAUAACAGGUGUGAAUCUAGUCAUGGUGACCUGUUGCAUGAUUUUAUUUGAAUUAAACUUCAUUACUUUUG